CAUAACACCCGUCCAUCUAUGCAAUGCGCUUCAAGCACGGCUCUAAGUUUUCCCAUGUGACAGCUGCUUGUUUGUCUACGGCUUCUGCGAUACCUGCAAGCGUGAUCAAGCAGUGGUCAAAAUCGAGCUUGAAUGACUGAUUGUUCUUCAAGCGGAGGUGCACGUUACGUCUUUCUAUCAGUCUCACUAUUCGCAUGUUCGUUUAAAAUUCACCAGCAAGAUACGCCAGUCGGACAUUUCAGUAACAAAACAUGCAUGGACGUGUGAAGGUUAAGACCACUGCUGAGCAAGAAGAGGAGAGAAGAAGAGAGAGGGAGAAAAAGCUGAAGAUCUACAAAUCCGCAACACAGAGAGUGAUUGAAAAACGACAGAAUCAGGAACUCGAUGAUGAACUGCUGCAUAUCACCAGUCAGAUCCUUCAAAGUAACCCCGACUACACAACCAUGUGGAACAUCCGUAGGGAAGUGUUUAUGGUGCACUUCAAUAAAAGCCUGAAAAAGACGGCUGAAGAUGGCGCAGGAGAAUUGCUGCUGACCGAAGCAGCCUUGCAAAAAAACCCAAAGUCAUAUGGAGCUUGGAGUCAUCGAGCCUGGGCCAUGGAAAAUUUCCCACAAAUGGAUUGGGCCAAAGAGCUACGCUUGUGUAAUCUUUUCCUUGACCAAGAUGAGCGAAAUUUUCACUGCUGGGAUUAUCGGCGGUUUGUGUGCAGUCAUACUAAGGUGACUGCUGAAAUGGAGCUCGGUUUUACAAUGGACCGAAUUGCAGCCAAUUUUUCUAACUACUCAGCUUGGCACUACAGGAGUUCAUUGUUGCCAAGUGUCCAUCCUGGUUCCAGGGAGGGGACGGUCCAGGAGGAUGUCCUUUUGGAAGCUGACAGCAAGGCUGUGCCGCGGAGCUACCGGCAGAUAAAGCUGGGCCAGUCCAAGAAAGGUUCACUGCUGGGAAUGGAGUACAACUUGGUCCAAAAUGCAACAUUCACGGAUCCUGGAGAUCAGAGUGCCUGGUUUUACCACAGGUGGUUGACAGGAAGAGAAAGGCCUGCUCUGGACUUUCUCUUACUUUAUAUUUCGAGGGAGACGCGUAAGGUUAUUCUCCACUUCACCCGACAGAUCUCGCUCGCAGAUACAAAUAUUUUCAUUACUGUAAAUGGGUCAUCACUUCAGCUCUCAUGGGAAGCUCCAUGCCAAUCACUUUGCUCGUCGCUUUGGUGGUGCCAUCUGCAUGAAGGAUCACUACCUGGUGAUUGCACAGUGAAGGCUGUAGUGCAAGCAAAAGAUGAAUUUGCAAUUGCUAGUCUUUUCAUAUCAUCAAUGCAAAAGGAAUCAAAGGCCACUGGAAGCAUUCCACGCAAUCAUCUGUUCAGUUGUGAACUGAGUGCAGCCCGCACUUCUGUGUUGGAGAAUGAGCUGAAGACAUGUAAGCAGCUGCAUGACCUCGAGCCUCUCAACAAGUGGCCUAUCCUUACUUGCGUGCUGCUUAUGAGGGCGCUGGAUGGAUGCAAGUUUAGAAUGGAUAUUAAAAAUUUCCUUGUUAAGUUGACUGCUGUUGAUCCUAUGAGGCGAAAUUAUUACAAUGACCUAAACUCAAAGUUUGCUGCUGAGAGUGUCAUUGAACAGUUGGACGAAAAUGACUUGACUGCAGACUUUUCUGGCCAGUGCCUGACUAGCAUACGCCACACUAAUCACCUGGCCCUUUUGCGUGAAGUAGACUUCAGCAGAAACCAGAUCAAGUCAAUACUGCCACUUGGAUGCCUUUUGAGCAUUCGCAACCUUAUACUAGAUGAUAACUGCAUAGAGACAUGUGAGGGCCUUGGUUCCCUACACACGCUGACCCUCCUCUCGCUUCGAAACAACAAAAUUUGCAACAAGGACUGCCUAAUUGUUCUGGAGACCUGCCUAUUGCUGACUGAGCUGAACCUGGAGGGAAACCCCAUCUUCAAGUGCAAGGAUUAUGUUCAGAGUUUGCUUCCUCAGGUUAAACUUCUGGAUGGACUUUCUAUGUCAGGCCGAGACUAGUUCCACAGUGUUUAAAUGGUUGUGAAGCCUGACUACCUACGGUGCAACUUUUGUAUUCUAUGGUAUAUCUCAUUGUAUUUUGUGCUCUCAUUUUCUAUUAUCCUGACAAGAUAUCUUGAGGGUGGCUCACUUAAUAACCUUAAAAGAGGUGCUAUUGUUGUAUGGACAGAAUCUAAACAUACUUUUUCAAUUUUUUUCUGAAGUCUUUGUAAAUGGUGGCACUUAUGCAAUGUAAGCUAUAUACAAACAACUUAUGCCGAGUUUUUUAUUAUUUUAGUUUGUUAGGUAUAGUCCAAAGCAAAACAAUACAAUUAGAAUUUUUUGACAGAAAAUUUUGCAUUCAGGUGAUGCAUGGCACCUGUUAUUUAAUGGCAUCACAAUUUUUCCAAUUGUAUGUGUGUGAUGGCCUCACGGGUUGGCACAGUAAUGUGUGGAGAAUGGUGAAGUUGCAUUUGUGAGAUAUACCGUAUUUACUCGCAUAAUGAUCGCACUGUAGUGUAAAAAAGAUUCACGCAAAUUCAGGGGUAUGAUCAUUAUGCGAGUUAAAUUUUCCGUGAAAAAAAAAUUUUUUUGAUCUCGUGUUUGCUGCGGGCUGACAACAGGUCAACAAGCAGGCGGCUGCUGCUGUAGCAGUGUGGUGUACUGGAAUAGGGUAGUGUGUCGUCCGGCGGCAAAAACGAGCUUCUUUUUGCGAUGACGGUCGGGAGUGCUGGAGCACGGAUGGAUGGAUGGAUGGAUGUUAUGAGCGUCCCCUUUGGAACAGGGCGGUGGGUUGCGCCACCAAGCUCUUGCUAUUAUACUGCCUAAUGUCCUACCUAAGUUAAACAAUAAAAAUUUAAAAAAUAAACACUAUGAAAUCCCACACCCUAAUUUUCUGAUCCCCCAUUGCUAACUGUGCUUUUGUACGUUUCCGUUUU